GAAAGACUCUAUUUGCUUUUAAGACUAUGUGGAUGCGUCCGUACAUGCACCAUCAACACAUUACACGUCAUCAUACAGUGAGUACGCAAUCGUGUGUGUGACUGUUUGUCUCGCUUCCAACACGUAUACACAACAAAUGUGUGAAACACCCCCCACUAAUAUUAAACUCUACCACAUAGACGCACACCCUCCCUACCAUCACACACUCAACUCCUCUCCUUCACACCCUCCUCCCUGUCUGACGUACCCAAAGCAAGCCAACAGAGAGCCUCUUUCCUGCCUGUCUCUCCCUGCACCCACACCCCCAAGGCUGACUCGCCGGCUGGCUGCCCUCUGUGUCGGUCGGCCGAAGGAGUGCCAAUCAACCUUUCCUCGUGCUGCGUCGACGCUGCUUCGUCUUCAUGGGCGGUGCCUCGAACGCCAAAAAAUCCUCAGCAGCUUGCGAGUCAUCCCAUGCCACGCGCAACGGGAUGGGUAUGGCCUCCAACACCUCCUCACCCACACGCAGAGGCAGCCGCCUCCCCACCAUGAUGUCGUCGCUCGUCGUUUCAGGUUCAGGCUGCCGCUCGCUGGCCUGCAUGACGGUCUCCAGGUACUGCAGCCUGGCUCUUUGCUCAGCCUGCCUCCGGAUCAUUUUCCGCUGCUCCUGCUGGAAGAGUGCGUCAGCCUCGCUGUCUCGCGUGCUGUUGGAGCGCGUGCGCUCCGCCUGGCGCAAAGGCACACUUUUGCUCUCAACCUGAAGACCAACACACACCCACGUGCGUGUCUCGCGCGCGCGCGUGUGUGUGGUUGGGCUACCUUGUCAGCACAUGGAGGCUCCGCGACUUCAUCCAUGGACGGGAAGGACGGCAGCUUCUCAUCAGCAUAGAUUGCACUGGUCGCCCGGUCCACCCGUCGCGAUGCAUCAGGGGGCCGCUCCGCAUCAUCCACAGCCCUCCCUACUCCUUCAUGGACCUCAGCAAUUUGCUCCUCAGCAAUUUGCUGUUGUUGUGCCUCAGCAAUUUGCUCCUGCAGCUUCUGCACUUGGUUCUGCAGUGUGUCUAUCGUCUGCACGGCCAUGGCGUUCUGCGAAUACAGAUCUUGAAUCGCCAGACAGAAAGGAGGGGAUGGACACGUUUUGUCAGUGUUAUACGGCCGUAUACGCACCCGAAUGGUGGCCUCGGCUGUCUGUGAGUCCACGGUGAAUGCCUGCAGCUGUUUGUGUGCAUCAGACAGGGCUCUCUCCCUCUCCGACGACACCUCCUACAUACAUGCAUACAUACACACAUAUAUCAGCACCCAGAAUCACCCGUCCGUCACUUGUCUGCGUGCAUGCCCCAUCCAUCCCCCUACCUUGACGUGUUUCAGAUCUUCGGUCAGUUGUGAUAUUUCUCUCUCGUGUUCUGCCUCGUGAGACUCCUGCUGGUGUCUCUCGUCUGCAAGAGCCUUCUCGAGGGCUUUCUUGUCCUUGUCGUGCUGGGCAUCCCUCUCCUCGGUUUUCUUGACGGCCUCAUGUGCCUCUUCCAGCUGCUGUCGUGUCUCGGCUAGCUGAACCUGCAACAAAGGAAACAGAGAUGCGUAAUGAGCAGCAGUAAGAAAAAGAAAUGCCUGCACCAUUAGCGCUGCAGUCUCAGCAUUCUUCCCACUGAGCUCUCCCGCCGCUGCUCUACUUGCGAACUCCCUCUCUUCCACCAGAGAAGCUAUCUGUGCCUCAGCUUGCUUGAAUCUAACUAAGAGGUCUUCACGGUCUGUAGUCAACCUCCUUUUCUCUUCCUCAAGUUGGGCGGCUUUGUUUUCCAAGGAUGCGAUCUGUCGCUUCAAUUCAGCCAUGUCUCCUUCCGCCGCACUUGCCAUUCUCCUCUGGUCUUUUUCCAGUUCUUGCAUCCGCCCUUGCCACCCUCUCUCAAGGCGUCUCUUCUCCUCUGCAUGCUGAGCGUCUGCAUGCUGAGCGUCCUCCCCUUGGAGAGCUUCCUUCCAUUGGGCCUUUUCCCGCUCAUACAGUGCCUCCUUUGCAGAUGAUGUCCUGGUCAGCUCUUCCAGUUUCGAUGCCAAUGUCUUGUCUUUGGCUGUGAUAUCCCUCUGCAGGUGAGCCACUGUGUCUGAGAGACGGGCGUUUUCUUCUCGUUGGUGUUCCUGCAUUUCCUGGUGCGAUGCUGUGGCCUGCUCCAAAGCACGGUCCGCCUUUGCCAGGGCUUCCCGGGUUGUCUCUUCUUUCUUCUUGAUAGCCUCUAGCUCGCCGCAAAGCGACGUCUGAAUCCGCUUCAGCCGUGCAUUUGUCUCGGUAGCCUCUGAAAGCUCCUUGAGUUUUUCCGCGACCUCUCUCUCAAGCGUUGUCACCAUAGAGGCCUGCCCCACCAUUUCGCUGUGGCACUGCUGCAGUGUAGCCUCGAGUAUGCUGAUGUUCUGGAUGGCGACGGAACCCCUGUCGGUCUCUUCCUUAGUAGCCGCAAGCUCACCCCUCAGCACCGCCAUAUCGUCCUUCAAGCGCUCAUGGAGGGCCUUCAGCGCAUGAUGGGCAUCUCUCUCCCCCUGCAGGCAGGCUUUUGUCAUGUCCAGUUGAUGCUGCAGCUCUGGAAGCGCAUUCACGCGACCUCGAUGAGUGGUUUGCUUCUGAGUCGUGUUCUCCUGUUGGCGGAAGUCUUCCUCGAGGGAGGCCAGUGUCUGCUUCCAUCGCCGCUCUUUCGCGUCGUUCUGUUGUCUUGUCGCCUUGUAUUGAGAGCCCAACUGGAUGUACUCGCGCCGGAUAUUGUUUGCCUCCUGAGUCUUCUCGAUGAGGGCCUGUGUCUUCUCUAGCAGGCUGUCCUCCAGCUGGUCACACUUGGUAUACGAUGCCGAGAGCUCGUCCUUCAGCUGACGACUAGCCUCGACGAGGUCAUUUUCAUCCGACUCAUUGGCCAUUUGAAUCCUCCCAUCCAUAGCAUUGCCGUCCUCCUCAGCCUGCCGUCUUGCGAUUCGUCCUGGCGUCCCCGAAGAAGGAAGAGUCUUGGAGCGUCGCUGCUGAUACUCCUCCUUGGCUGCUGCAGAGGAUAGCUGCUGUUGCAGCAUUGCAAUCUGCCGUGUCUGCUGCCGUACAAGCGCAUCUGACGACCGAAGAACACGGUGAAGCUGCCGGUUCUGUGUCUGCAAGUCCGGUAUGUGGGCAGAGGGGGCCGGAGAGAACAGAGAUGCAGGUACAGCGGCGGAAGUGUUGGAGGUAUCCAUGCUUUGAGGAUGCCGAUCCUAGGAGGGUUCAAAAGGCACCCGAGCGUCCAAAGAAAGGUUCAUUCAGCCUGCAAC